AUGGAUGAAAACGUUUGCAGAAUAUGUUUGCAAGUUAGUGAAGAAGAAGAAAUGACUUCAAUAUUCGAAAGUGAUGCAAAUAAUACCAUAAUAUCAAACAAAAUCAAGUCUUGCUGUGGCGUCGAGCUGCCCAUAGAAUCAGAUGGCUUCCCUACAAAAAUCUGCUCCAAAUGUAAAAUUUUCUUGACUAUUGCUUAUAAACUUCGGACAAUUUGCCAAAAUUCUGAUGCUUAUCUGAGGAGAUUCAAAGCAAAAGACAGUGAAGAAAAUGAUGAAAAUGAAGAGAUGCAAUUAAAAAGGGAAACAGAAGGUCUCAUCAUAACGUACAAAAUGAACAAGAGUAUGAAAUCAGAAUCUCGGAUGAAAUGGCUAGGCACAUACAGUGCCGCACCCAAUUAUUGGCACACCACGAUAUUCAAACUUUAA